AAAAUUUAAACAAAAAAGAAAAGAAAAUACUGAAAACUGAACCUCCAGCAAUCCAAAAGCCGCUCACCAUCAGCGGGAGGAGAAACGGAAGGAAAAGAAAAGAGAGAGGUUGAAUUCGUAGAGUUAUUAUACGUGUCUACAUUUCCUUGUUCGAAAGAAAGCUACCUGUGAUCGAUUUGACCUUAAAAUGAUGAUGAUGAUGACGAUGAUGAUGGGAUGUUGAUGUGGGAUCUUCAAACCCUAAUAACCACACCUCUGGAUCUUCUUCUUCUUCUUGUCUUGGACAUUUACACUGUACAAUCCGUAAUAGCAAAACACAAGAAAGGGUUUAUAAGCAUUUCACUUGGAUACAUACUAUCAGAAGCAGGAACAUGCAUGCUAGGCAUAGAAGUCCUGGAAAUGGAUACAGGUCUGGUGCCAUGGGGGUGGGCGUGGGUGCAUCCAGGAUAUCACCAGAUACUUCAGCUAGAGGCCAUGGCUUUUACAAUUCCGAACACAGAAGCUUCAAUAACCGUGGCUUUGGCCGCGGCCAGGGCCACCCCAGAUCUUUUCGCCAACCUCCUCAGCCACCGACACAGAAAGGUGAUGUUUUGAUGGAAGCUGGUAGGCUUGCAGCUGAGUAUUUAGUUUCCAAGGGAUUGUUACCUCAGAGUGCACUUUCUGGUAAAUGGCAGAAUGGUGGUUUCAAAAUGCAAGCUGGGGAUUAUCAGGACUUUAGGCAACAAGAAGACCUUAUGCAUGAGGGCCGAACAUCUGCCCAUUCUCGGCUAGGGAGUGGCGCUUCUGAUACUGGACUGAGCAGGAGAAGAUACUCUGAUGACUUCAAUUCGAGGAAUCAUGUGAAAGGAAGGAGGAGAGGAGAACAUUACCGGGGUUAUAGCGCUGAGUGGGGUAGAGAAUAUGGGAGGAGUGGGCCAUUGUCGGAUAGGAAUAGAGUGUCCCCUGAUAUGGAGGGGCAGAGUGAUACAGUUUCUGAACACUAUGAAGAGCAGCAAGUUAGCAAUGAUGUUGGUGAUGGGAUGGAGAAAUCUGGUCUGAGUGGGGUGGCACCAGAAAGUGAAGAAACUGCUGAUAUAGAAUCAGGACUGAGCAAGUACAACCACCCAGAUGAAACUGGCUCCAAGGCAAGUUCUUCUAGUGUUCCGAAAGAAGAGACUGGUGGCGAACCCUCCAAGGGCUCUGGUGAUCCAGCAAACUUAAAUCUUGGGAACGGGGAGGUGAAGGAUAGCAAUUAUGAUUAUGAACCUGAGAAACAGAUUGUUCCAGAGGAUUUACCUAUCCAGCAGAGUGCUGUGGAGGGUGACAUCUCGGGCAAGAAUGGAUCUGAUUUACUAACUUUGAGCAAGUUCGCCAAUGUGCCAACGAAAACACGCUCUGCAUUGUCAUGUAGGACCUCCAGGGUUGAUCAAGUUCCCAAUAAUGAAGAUGAAGGCACUUCUGGUAUUGGGCUUAACAAAGGAUCUGAAGAUUCAGUUCAAGAUGGCCUGGACAAUGUUUCUGCAGCUGAUGUGCUAGCAAAUGCACCUCAUGAUUCAAAUUGUCCCAACUCUGAAAUAACUGAAGUAGCUGUUGUCCAGUCUGCCAAGGAUGUGGAUGAAGAAGGCCCUGAAUAUGGUGCUGUGCAGGGAAAAUGUGUGAGGUCUCAUUCUUUUCCGGUUAGAGCUUUUAUACAUGACAACGAACAAGAAUCAAGCCUGGGGCCUUCUGGUUUUGGAAGGUCCACCUCAGUCAAAGAGCGAGGUGAGAAACGGGCUGCAGAAGGCAGUGAUUUUAGCGAGGUGGUGAAGAAACCUAGAGAAUGGCUUCCAUCCUUGGUUAACACCACUGAUGAGCUCUUGCACCUCUCUAAUUUGAAUGAAAAUGCAGGGGGUUCUCAAGAAGAGAGGGUUUCACCUGAUCAGCAAGUCACCAUGGCUGCUACUCAAGACACUUAUGUUAGUAAUUGUCGAUUUCCAAGAACUGGUGGUGAACCAGGAUUCAAGUAUGCACAAGAGAAACAGCUUUUUCCUAGUUCAUUUAAAAUCGUUGAUCUUAAUCUCAUGGAAACAUCUGAUAUGAAUGACACACAUCGUAGUGAUCCAGUUCUCACACACCCAUCUAUUAUGACAAUCGGAAAACAAGCACCACAGGUUGACAUUGAUUUGUCAAUGAGUAAUUCCAACAUUUCUGGUGAAUAUACUAGACAUAUGACUGAUGGUAAGCAGGUUGAAAUAAUUGAUUUAGAGAAUGAUACCCUGGAAGACAAAGACUUUGAUAGUUCACAAAGAAAGACGGAGAUUGCAUUUAAUGGGACAGAAGGUUUUCCCAACCAUUCACAGAAUGUUGGUAAUGUUACUGAUGUUCAGGAUAACUAUGAUGGUCUUAUGCUCUCAGAGUUUCUCAGCAAUUUCCCAAAUUGUACCUCUGUUCCGGAGAACAUAAAUCCACUGCCAAACGAAAUGGGCCUUGACAAUGGAGAGGGGACUCUUGGUGAUGAUGACUCGAUUUAUAUGUCCCUGGGAGAAAUACCAUUAAGCUGUACAAACGCAUUUUUACGACCAUUAACCAUCGAGGCUUCAUACCUGCCUGGGAGCAGCCAACACCGCAGGAGUAUGAGAAGCCCUUUUGAUUCAGCGUUUCUUUGAAUAAGCAAGGACUACUGCUUGGUAUGCUUACUCUCGGUCAUUGGGGUCUUUUGUUGCAAUGACUCGCUCAAUCUGGAUGCCACCAUCCUUCGCUUUUUUGUUGUUUUUUUUUUCUCACACCCCCUUUCUAUGUUGUUUAUAAAGGAUGCAGGAAAUGACUUUCCUGGUAGGAAUUUUAGGAAUGGUGAAGAUUUUCUUUUAUUUGGCUGUUGGGAUUCUUCAUUAUAUGGUUAAAGAGGUUUGUCGUAUUGAUUAAGAAAUCAA